AACCACAAACGGAGAUUUUCUGACUGAUCCGUUUGACCUUGGAAAACGUACAUACUUGUAUUUAGUUCACUGUCCACUUCUUUCCUUCCUUUAAUACGAAAAGCAUAUUGAUUAACUAUCAAUACAGAAAAAAACAACAAAUUUUGAGCCCUGCUGGCUUAUUCUUAUCCUACGCUCCCAAGUGAUCGUAUAUAUAAUCAUUAAAAAAAACUUCGUGAGAACGGGAGUAACUGGACCCAACCAAUGAAAACCGGCAAGUUGAAUCCAUAUCUUUCAAUCAGUGAGGCGACCAAUCAAAGCAGAGAAUACUUGUAAAGGCGUGUGUAUGCGGUUUACGUUCGAUAAAGCUUGGACAACAGUUUGAACUUCUUUGAAUAUGGAAAGAGAUUUGAGUGCAAUGGAAGACAAGAUUUUUUUUUCUAACGCUUGUCACGUGUGUCGAGAAUGGGGAAAAAAUGUCUAUCUGAAACGAUGCUCAAGUUGCAAAAUGAUCGCUUACUGCAGUCGAGAACACCAGAAAAAGCAUUGGCCACAACACAAAGAAAUAUGUACAAUUCUCAAAGAAUUGUCGAUAUUAGAUUUUCCUGAUAAAAACCAGUCAGUUCUGGGAUAUACUACCGCCUCAUGGGUCGCAGAGAGACAACAUUUCGUCGAAUGCGUACAAAGCAUCAUGCAAGUGAAAUUUAAUCGUAAGCUCUUGACUUUUGAAAGAGAAAUGUUGAUACAUUCAAGAUGUUGUGAAAUUUGCCGAGAAACAGAUCCUUGUAAAUUGAAAGAUUGCGACGAGUGUCCAGACGCUAGUUUCUGUUCCAAGCAUCCAAAAGAUGCCCGACAUUCAGCCAAGUGCAAAGCAAUGAAGCUAUGUUUUGAAAUUAGCUUCAUGUUUCUUAAUUACACCAUACGCAUUCCGUCUUAUCCCAGUGAUAAAAUGCUACAGAAUAUGAAUUGUGAGAUAAAACGUUUGAUGCAGCGUAUGCCUGUGAUCCGGAGUCCUGCGCCAAAAAUGUUCUGGGGUAUUCUCAUUUCCGAUGAACUGUCAAGCCCCUUAACCUUCUUGUAUGCAACGAGAUUAUUACCUUCUUUGGUAUCACCCAAAAUGACAAUUCAUGUUGUUGCUGCAACUCCCAAAGACAUGUGUGGAAGUGAUUGCUGGGAACUGUUAUUCCAUUACGAAUCAACUUUGAAGGAACUGCAAAUCGUUUUCAUUGGUCCAGAAGUUGCAACCGAAUUUGAACAGCAGCAGCUUUGCAAGGGAUGCAUCGAAAACAGGGAUCAAAAAAAGAGAUGCAGACUCGCAAUUCACUGUGUAAAAAACUCUUAUGCGAAUUUUGCAACAGGCCCACUUUUUACAAAGCCUGAUUAUGUCGUUGGAUUCCACUUACAACUCCCUGAUCCUCAUAACAAGGACACUUGGACUCAGAGUCUCAAAGUGGUGGCUGAACUGGCUUGUCCUUUCUUUGUGACUUCGUUCAAUGCCGGAGAAUCGGAAAACAAGCAGAAAAAGAUCAACUUACUGCUUGGGAAAGAAGUGACAUCUUAUUGUACCAGGGAAAAUCCAUUUUCUUCCUUACAACCUUACAGAACUUUGGACCCUGAUCAGUUAUAUUAUUUUAAUCGGUAUUUAACGGUUUAUAGAAAGUUGUCGUAACAUUUUUUCUCUAGAUUCAAACUUAACUUCCGUGAUCUUGAUGAAAACUUGGAACCCUAUUGAAAGUUACACCGUUGAAAUAUGACGGAAUGUCUUCUAUUUUCAGUUUCUAAUAAAAUUUAUUGACAAAA